AUGCAGCCUGUGAGAAUGCGGAGACCUCGGAGACACCGCUGGCUAACAGUUUCAGUGUUCUUCAUUGCCUACUCCAUCUUCCAAGCUGUGAUGAGCGCCUCUACAACUCCUAAAACGGAUAAUCUUGAGACCAGUGUCGAGGUCGACUCUAUCACUACACCCAGUGGGAAAGCAUCAACGAAAGUUACAGACAAUGUUGUCUCGACAUCACUCACGAUGACUAGCAACGCUGAAGAAGAGGACGAUAGCAGUGAGACACCUCCAGAAGGUGGGAAGAAAAUGAUCAAAGGAUCGGAGGAAUUGGAAGAGGGAGAGAAAAAGUUACAGAAAGAUGAAGGCUACGUUAAGAAAGAUGUUAUACCCACUGUACAUCCACUGAGACCAAACUGCACCCCGCCCGCUAUCGAACAGUUUCCUCAUCCACUGAUGGGCCAAACGGCGCGCAAACACGGAGGCCUGAUAAUUCAUAUCCUGGUGGCGAUGUUCACAUUCAUUGGGCUCGCGAUUGUCUGUGACGAGUACUUCGUGUGUAGUCUUGACAGGAUCUGCGAAGAGUUAAAACUAGCACCGGACGUGGCCGGUGCGACGUUCAUGGCGGCUGGCAGUUCUGCGCCUGAGCUGGCCACUGUUGUCAUCGGUGUAUUCUGCGCUCAAGAUGAUAUCGGCGUGUCGGGUGUGAUCGGGUCGGCGGUGUUCAACAUCAUGUUCGUGAUCUCGGUGUGCGCGCUGUGCGCCGGCACCGUGUCGCACCUCAACUGGUGGCCGCUGUGCCGCGACUGCUUCUUCUACGCCAUCUCCAUCCUCGUCAUGCUGUGCACCAUCGCCAUUCGACACAAUCAAACAACAAAAAACACGUCGACAACUCCGAUCUCUCCCCCCCUCCCCUUCAUCAUCGCCAAUAAAUACGUGUCGUGGCCGGAAGCGCUGUUCAUGCUGGUGAUGUACGGCGUGUACUGCGUGGCGCUGCACUUCAACUCGCAGCUGGAGCGCUGGGCGCUGACGCUGCCGCUGCCCUUCAAGCUGCCCACGCGCGAGGAGCAGGCCGCGCUAGUCACGUACAGGAAUACGGGGGGCCAGCCGCCCGCAGCAACCGCUGGCGCAGAGGGUCAGUACACACAGAUGGACGGGCAGACCAAAGAAACUCCUCUAGAAAAUACUGCUUACAAUCCGGAUGGAGCGUAUGACAACGCUGCCUAUAACGCGGAACCCAUCCCCGUUUGGGACCCCAAUCAAGUUUGGGAUCCUAAUCAGGUUUGGGGCGAAACGUCCCAACCAGCCGCAGCGCCGUCUGGCUGGGGAGUCGAACCGCAACCAGCGCAGACGCAAGCUCAGGCACCAGUCCAACAACAACCGCAGCCAGCACAACAGCAGCCGUCUAUUCCUCUGCCCAUCGCGCCACCAUCCAUGCCAGCAUACUACAAGGCGAAGGAGUACAAUCCUGAGACUGCGGUAGACCCGCUGGUUAAGCCUAUUGGAGCAAACGCCCUGCAGCUGGCGUGCUGGUACGUGGCGUUCCCGGUGCAUUUUAUGUGCCGCCACACCAUGCCCGACUGUCGCGGCCGCUGGUACCCCGUCACCUUCAUCAUCUCCAUGCUCUGGAUCUCCUUCUACUCCUACUUCAUGGUCUGGAUGAUCACCAUCAUUGGUUACACGCUGGGCAUACCCGACACAGUGAUGGGCCUAACGUUCGUGGCUGCCGGUGUCUCCGUGCCUGACGCUCUUUCAUCGCUAGCUGUUAUCAAAGAAGGGUAUGGUGACAUGGCGGUGUCAAAUGCGGUGGGCUCGAAUGUGUUCGACAUCCUCGUGUGCCUCGGUCUGCCGUGGUUCAUCCAGACUGCCAUCAUACAGCCCGGCAGCCACGUCAAUGUUAUCAGCAAGGGUCUAAUCUAUUCAACCCUGUCGCUGUUUUCGACGGUGGUCUUCCUGGUGGUGGCGACCCACGCCAACGGCUGGAAGCUAGACCGCAAGUUCGGUGUGCUGCUGAUGAUUUGGUAUCUGCUGUUCAUCACCCUCGCCAGCCUCUACGAACUUAACGUGUUCGGAAACUUCCAUCUGCCUGACUGCGAAUCUACUUAUUAA